CCGCACCGCGGCCACCUCCUCAGUCUGCCGUCACGCGUUGCCGCGUAUAUACGUUAUAACGGCUCAAACACGCCGACACACGCGACGCGCGCGUUUCGAACGUAGUUCACUCCCGCGACCGGUUCGCCGAAGCCGAUGAGCAACCAGUGACACCUCGAUUAUUGUGCUGUGUGACUUAACAGUGAAACGCUCAGUGCAUACAUGUGCGAGUGAUGGAUUACUGCGGAUCCUCUGCCGCGUGCUGACGACUGCCGGGCCUGGAACCCGACAUAUAUGCCCCGGCGCCGCUAGCCCGGUCGCGCCAGCAUGCGCGCCCCCGCGGUGCUCAUCGCCCUGCUAGGGUUUCUACCCCAGGUGCUGUCGUCCGGAUCGUUCGAGCUUAGGAUAAAAAGUUUUACGAACUCAUUGGGUAGGUUAAGUAGUGGCCAGUGCUGUGAUGGUUCCUCAAGUAGUGAUGCGCCGUGUUUGGCGCCGUGCAGGACUAAAUUCCGUGUGUGCCUCAAGAUUUACCAAGCGAAUAUUGAUACCACGUCACCGUGUACGUUUGGUGAUAUUACAACACCAGUGUUAGGUGGAAAUUCAUUGGAUGUUCCCAACCUCAAUGUGGAGGGAUUUAGUAAUCCCAUCGUGUUUCCCUUCGAUUUUACGUGGCCGGGCACAUUCUCGCUUAUAGUCGAAGCGUGGCACGACUCGAACGAAACGUCGAGAUCUGACGAUACGCUAAUCGCGCGGAUGACGAAGCAGAGUAUAGCCGAUGUCGGAGGCCCGUGGGUCGAGGAGGAACAGAAAUGGGGGGGUGUCGGUGGGGCGCACCUGAGGCUCUCCUACCGGGUGACGUGUGCGGCGCACUACUACGGGACCGGCUGCGAAGUCCUGUGCAGGCCACGGGACGACGCCUUCGGGCAUUACACCUGUUCAUCUACUGGGGAGAUUGUCUGUCGACCCGGCUGGACUGGGGACUACUGUUCUAAACCGAAAUGUCUACCCGGCUGCGACGCAGAGCACGGCCACUGCCUCAAGCCCGACGAAUGCAUUUGUCAUUCGGGCUGGGUGGGCGAGCUCUGCGAUCAAUGCGAGCGACAUCCGGGAUGCGUACACGGAACCUGCUCGAGGCCCUGGGAUUGCAUAUGCGAGGAAGGAUGGGGCGGUCUCUUCUGCAAUCAAGAUUUGAAUUACUGUACUAAUCAUCGCCCCUGCAGAAAUGGGGGGACGUGUCAUAACACCGGACAGGGAAGCUACACCUGUGUCUGUCCAGCAGAAUACACUGGACCUGAUUGCGAAAAAAGUCAUCAUUCUUGCGCUGUUAGACCUUGCAAAAAUGGAGGAGCAUGCGUCCCUGACGAAGGCGGAGAACUCGCUUGCGCAUGUCCGUCUGGAUACGAAGGAGCACGAUGCGAAACUCGAAGACUCACUUGUGCCGAUCGACCUUGCCGUAAUGGUGGCACUUGCGAACCUCGACCAUCUGGCUAUGUAUGUGUGUGUCCUGCUGGCUACGCCGGUGUAGAUUGUGCAGUAGAAGCCGACCCAUGCUCUGCCAAUCCUUGCCGAAAUGGAGCAACAUGCGCCCGAGCCGGAGAUGGUUUUAAAUGUACCUGUAAACUUGGUUACAGAGGCAAUCGAUGCGAAAUCGACAUAGAUGAUUGCAUGGGUAUUAUUUGUGAGCACGGAGGUACAUGUGUCGACUUGGUUAAUGGACAACGAUGUCAAUGUGCGCCAGGAUUCCUCGGGCCGCGAUGUGAAACUCGAGUCGACUUGUGCCUUGCAAAACCCUGUGCCAAUGGCGGCGAAUGUAUGGUUCUCGACAAUGACUACGAAUGCCGCUGUCGACCUGGUUUCGCUGGCAAAGAUUGCAGUAUCGACGUAGAUGAGUGUGCAUCAUCACCAUGUCGGAACGGUGGCACUUGCAGAGACAGAGUGGACGGAUAUCACUGCAACUGUUCCCCAGGUUGGGGCGGUAAAUCGUGUACCGUUCUAUUGGCGGAAGCAGUAUCCAAACCGGCUGGGGGACAUUUAAGAAGAAUCGGCGACGACACACCUGAGGAAGAAAGUUUAACAGGAAAUCAUGUAGCAUUAAUAGCUGCUUUCUCCGUUGUGGUGCCAACGGUGGCGCUUAUUGCAGCUGUCGCUGUGGCCUGCAUAAGGAGGAAAAGGAAAAGAGCCCAGAGUGCAGCAGACGCGGAAGCGCGCGCCCAGAAUGCAGCGAACGCGGGUGGCGGCGGGCGCGUCAUCCGCAAUACAUGGGGGAAGUGCGAGGGGCCCGUACCGGAGUGCCAGAAUGCGCACAACGCUGCGGCAGAAGAGUGCAAAAGAAAGACUCUAAACACAGAGAGCGCAGCGCGAUUACUAGCGGCGCUCGACCCUAGACUAUCGCGGCUCUCCGCCGACUCAGCGUAUUGCGCCAAUAGCGAUACGUCGCUAGUAAAACGAGCGUUAGAAGGCGGAGGGGUGUACGUGUUAGAUGACCAUUGCCUGCCGCCGACGUUCGCCACGCAAGUGUAGUGCACGUAAACGCAACAAUGGACGUUAAAAUAACUUAUUUAUUCACUACGGACGCUCGUGCGAUUCUGGCUGUGCGCCGCGUGUAAAUAUAGCAUAAAGUGUAAAGUGACCCCUGUAUAGACGGCUAGAUUUAAGAAUUCGGAUGUAUUUAUUUGAGAGGGCGAUUCGUACCCCACUGUAAAUAAAAACGGCGGAACGGAUCGCGUUUUUCCGCCCCUGAUCGGCAAGCGUCGCCCAAGUGACACUGCCAGACUGAUCUAGAGAUAAAGUGGCGUAUGCGCAUAACAUUGUUGUACAAGGCGUCAAUAAUGUUUUGCGGGUACGCUGGAUGUAGUUAGGGUUUAGGGCGAGGACCGCGCUAGCCGUGGGGCCAGGUGGACCACGUCCACUGUCUGCGAUCUCUGUAGGUAAGGUGUGGCGGCGCGCGCAGUAUCGGUCCGCUGCGCUGCGCCGGCGCAGACUCGAUUCCGAUCAACCGACGUACGUAACAUUGUUACAAUUACACCAUUGUAGUGGUAAAUGCAUGCAACAUUUCUAAUUUUCUACAUAAUUGCAAUAAACUGUUACGCAUUUCGCAUCUGUAGAUGCGAAUAGCUAGAUAUUCCAUGAACCGUUGUAGAUUUAAUCUCCAUUGAAAUACUUCCUUGAAAAUUUAAAGUGCUCGGUAUAGAGUCUGCGAACAUUCCACGCCAUUAACACUAUCCCUCUAGACUCGCACCAGUAUAAAAGCCAAAACGUGCGUAAAGUAAGAUUUUAGACUAAUUUAUAAAAAAAAAAAAACGCGAAUGAUGCGUUCAUCAGUUUUACAUUGAUUGUUUUGUGAUUGACUAAUUAUUGUCAUUGUUCCUAUGAUUUAUUAUAGUGAAAGUGUUUUCAAUAAAAAAAAUCUUGUUCAGGUUUUCUUGAAAAUCAACAUAGAUUUUUUCUUUCAUUUAGCUUCCGCUCUUGGAAUUAGCACAGUAACUACGUACGUUCCUGAGACCGAGUCGGUUUGUAACGCAGCCAUGUCGCCUGCUUCGCUCGCUGCAUGGACGCGUUACAAAUUGCGCUCUGAAACACACAAAAUGUUAAACAUCACGCACGUAAUUAGUCCAUAGGUUAUAAUAACUUCUGUACUUAUAAGAAACAAAUUGUCGAAACCUAAGUCAUUGUGUAUAAAAAACUAUUAAGUUUAGCAUUGUAAGAAUAUUCUCCAUUACUUUCGUAAGAGUACUGUGACAAUAUUAAACGACAUUAGGCAACAUAGGACGUCGUAGGGCACCAGGUUGUUUUAACUUAUUUAUUUUAAUAGGUACAGUUCUCGAGUUAUGUUGUGUUUAUAUAGAUUCCGGCUUUUAAUCUUUCGCAUAUUCCAUCUGAAUCUGCGAAUCGUUGACGCCGAAUCGCUUUUAUGAAAUAAUUUAUGUUAAAUUACACUUUUAUGAAACACUUGUAGAUAUUAUUUGCUAAGUGAUAGGCGUUACUUCUUAUGUUGCCUAUUGUAACUACUAGAAAGUAGAUUAAAAAAUGGUAAAUCGACAAAAUUAUAUCAAACUAUGAAUAGACUGAUGAUCAAUAAUAAUUCUUGUAUUUAAUUUUGUAAGAUGACAAAAUGUAAGUUUAAAUUAUGUGAAAAUAGAAAUGCAUACCUUAGCAAUUGUACUAAAAUAGUAAAAUAAUUUUGUACUUAAAAUUGAUCACAGUAGAACUCUCUUUCAUUUUUCUUUUUGAGGAUUUUUAAAUUGAUAAAAUUUUGUAACUUAAUUCUAUGAGAGCCAAUAAAAUGACAGUAUUUUUAAUUAUUUAUUACACAUUUAUAAUUAUUGUGAAUUCCUUAAUUUUUAAUAUAAAAAUCAUUGUUUAAUUAUAUUUUGGAAUUAUGUUUACAAUUGACUGAAGCCAAAUUUGUCUUCUUGAUUAUUUUGGAUAAUUUUACAGGAAUAUUUAAUUGAAUGCAUUUGUGUCAGGAUCUGUGAGUAUACUGAAAGAAAUGUUCAAAUCAUUCCAUUUCUAACAUUAAGUAGUAUUAAUCUUUUUAAAUCUUAUUUUUAUUUUAAACUGUCUAUUUUCUUAUAUUGUUUAUUGUGCAUGCGAAACCUGAUUUCUAAUUAUCUUUUUUAUUUCGUCCCUUUUAGGACAAAGUACAAUAAAAUUUUUCUUUGUGUGCUUUUAGUAUAUUCACAUUUUUUUUUUUUU